GGAGGCGGAGGCCGCCAUGGUCGGGUCCGACGUCCCUCCCGGCGGGCCCGGCGCGGCCCCGGGGUCACCGGAGCAUUCCAGGAAGCGCAAGGGCGUCGCCGCGACCGCGGAGGAGGACGCGGCGGCGGCGUCGGCCUCGACGAGGCGCGCGACGCGGAGCUCGGCGUCGGCGCUGGUGGACGGCGCCAUGGCGUGGGCGCGGCGCGCGGCCGCGGGAGCGCUGUGCGGGCGCAACCGCGGCAUCGUCGACGACGACGAGAAGCUGGCGGUGAUGCUGGCGCUGCGCCACAUGCGCUCCGAGGUCGACCCCGACGCGCCGUACUCGAAGAAACAGAAAAGACUUCACAAACAAGGCACAAGGAGUUCCGGGAGGAUAGCUGGUGACCUGAGUAACUUACCUAGUUUUCUUGAAUCAACGAGGAAACGUAUUGGGCUAGACGCUGUCAUGUGUCAAGCUGCUAUCCCUGAGUGGGUUAAUGCCCCAUCUGAGGAAGAGAAGGCUGAGUACAGAAAUGAUAAUGAAACCUUACAAAAGAUGGGCACGGUGGUCAGGCUGCCACCCAUUGUGGAGCCACGGAAGACAAGGAAAGCAGUGGAAGACAAGAAAGCAGUGGAUGACAAGUGUAAAUGUUCUCAUCCUGGAUCUGAGGCCUGUGUAGGAGCUCAUGUGAAAGAGGCCUGGAAGAGGGUCAAGUAUCAAUUGGGUGAGCCGGCUUUCAGAAACUGUGGGUUUGAUGCAAUGGGUGAGCGAGUUCUGAAGUUAUGGACUGCAGAAGACAAGAAGAAACUUUCUGAUAUUGAGAGGUCGGUUCCUCAGAAUAAUCUUGAGGACUUCAUGAACAUUGCCUUGAAGCAGUUUAGGUCAGAGAGAACAAGGGAUCUGUCCAAGUAUUACUACAACAUUUUUCUUCCAAGAAGAUUGGCCAGCCUGAAUAGGACAGAGGCUACAAAUGCCAAAAAUAUAAGUCCAGAUGAUGAAGGCAACAAUCAAGAUGACGGCAAUGAUGUGCGUCACUCUGAAGGGAAGAGUAAAGGCUCUGGAUCUUCUUCCAAAAGGUCCAGGAAGUAGGAGAAUUGAAAGAAUUUGAGUUGGGAAGGCUGUCAUUUUGCUGUGGAGGAAGAGGAAGUAGGAAAAACCUGAAAUACCUUAGUUGCUUAGAUAACAAUUCUUUCUUUUCCUGUUAGAGUUGGUGUAGUCUUGCAGGUUACAUAUCUGACUAUAUGCAGUUAGUAGAAAAAUCUUUCACUUUUGCCGCCUCUGGAAGUGAAUGAUUCUUAGGUAUCGAACUGAAAUCAGCUACCAGUGGGGAAACACUGGAGUGAACAUAUGUUGGUGAGUUAGUAUACCAUGUCUGUGUCCUAUGGAGUAAAUAUGUUCAUGAGUUGCUCCAUUCUGUACCUACAUACAUGAUACCGAUUCGAGAAUGAAAAACAUGGUAUAGAGAUGCAGAGCUUACCAGA